UGCCCUUGGUGAAGCUUCGCCAGGGGAGCAGCAAGGUUGGGGCCAGAGGGGAAGGCGUUGGGCCGGGCUGGCAGCUGGAGGCUCCCAUGUGGGGCCCUGCCCCCUGCCAGGGAGGGGCUCUGCUGCUGCACCUUGCAGCUCCCUCCAUGAAACCACCUGCUUUCUCUUUUUCCUCCUCUCCUUUUGUGAGAGGAGGUGUGACCCCAUUUUGGCUGCGCGAUGAGUCAGCAGUUAAUAUUAAGGGAGAAGAAACUAGGCUGGAAGGGCAGUUCUGCCAACCUCUGAUAGUGGUUAGGCUUUCAGCAAACCCUGCUGCUAUUGCUUCCUAUAUUGCACUGUGGAAGUUGCAGUGCGGGCCGUCGCCCACGUCUGCAGCUGUUGCGCUUGCAGUGCCUUCUGGUACUGUCUCCUCCACUCCUUGCAGCCUUCCCGGGGUCGUCCUGAUCCAGGCUGUGUAUCCUUAGGUCGUUACAUUUAAAUAAUGCGAGAUUUUCGAAAUCUGAGACGGGAACCCCUUGUUCUGAUCCCACCGAUGCUACUGCCAAAGCCUCUUUUAAGGAGGGAGGCAGGUGUGCGGCUUCAUUGAAGUAUAGUCUCCGAUCCCAAAUUUUACCUCGUACAUGUCAGAACUAGCAUCGUUAGAUAAAUUCACUUAAAAGUGCACCUUGUGCAUAGUAAUGGGAUUAAAUUUGCAUUUUCUGGCCCCGAGAAUUGGAUGCAUUAAGCAGCUGUACCAGAUCUGGAGACUAGAUAUCAAGAACAGAGUGAUACUAUGACUGUGACAGUGAGCGCUUCUUGUGUGCAUGCGUGCAUGCUUUAUUAGUCUACAUGAAACUGGCUCAUGAGGCCUGAAUGUGGAAUGGGCUUCAGUGUGUCUCUUGUUAAACAGGACUUACUGCAGCUUUAUUCUGAACUAGCUAAUCCUACCUGGAAAACAUUCAAUAGCUCAUGUCAGUAGAUUGUUCCUGUUAAGUGGUCGCUGGUGAGAGAAGUGUUAAACUCUUGAAUUGGGGGGGAUGGGAUUCCAGAUCUAUCAUUAAGGACUUUUUUUGAUCGAGUAGUUCAGGAAUAUGUCAAUGAAAAUCAGGGCAACUCUAAACUGGAGUUGUAGCCUGCUUGUUAGGAAAUGUCAUCCAGGCAGAAUUUCUGUUGAGCAUCCCGAGGCUGGUGGAAGAACUUAGGGUAUGUGCUUGCUCACAUAUAUAUGUAUGCAACAGUGGUAUGACUCAGGCCUGUGAAUGCAAGGGAGAUUUUUUCUUCACGUGUCAAACUGCUACUCUACUGGGGUAACUAGAUUACCCUGUUGACUGGCAAUAAGAUAUGGCUGUUUUUAAACUGGGUUAGUCACUAUAAAGAAAAAGCAUCAUGAUGGCUCGUGGUAAAUACGAGUAACUCGUCUCAGUUGUUUUGUCCCCCUCCUGAACACCGCUGGUUCACAGUGCCUGGUACUUUUGUCAGCAAAGUACAAGACAGGCUGAUGUGAGCACCUACUCACAUUGGGUGGUGGGCAUGUUGAUGAGGACAGUUAAGUGUAGCUUACAUGGAUGGUAAACCUCCAGUGUGUGUAAAAAGCAAGCUUAAUUCUUAGUGUCAUUCAAUUUAGCACUGAGUUAACAAAAGUUCCUGUACUAUAUGUCAAUCUUGGCAGGAAUAUACAUUUCUGACAACUCUAUUAAUAGAGGACCCGACCAUCUCCAAGAACUGGAGGCCACUUCGAACACUUCUGUAUCCUGUUACAACAUAAUCUAGCAUUUCUCCACCUUUCCAUGAACUCAGUCACUGGCAAAGACACCUCUCCUGUGAGUGGUGUAUAUUAUUACCCUUUUCUGUAAGAGGAAGAAAACCAUACUGUAGUAGGUCCAGGAAGGUGUAGUGUAAAGUGGGAUGGAUAACCUGGAUUCCUUUUUUUUCUGGCAUCAGGGCCUGGCUUAUAAAGAUACUGCAUAUGUGAUAGUGGGAGGUGGUUAAGAGUUCUGCAGUCUCCUCUAUCAAAGUGAUUUGCAUUUAACCAGACAAAACUGGAAUAGGUCCUCUUGUUUGUUGGAGAGACAGUUUUUUUGUUUUUUUGACUGAGUCAUACCAGUGUAUUCCCAACAGCAAGCGAAACUCCCAAGGAGCCCCAGCAAUAGCAUGAAACCAUUUUUUCCCCUUAGUAGAGGUGGAAAUGUUACUUGUCCUUCCAGGGUACACACAUUCCCCUUCUGCGUUGUAGCAGAUACUAGUACCCAGAGGGGCGUACCUCCCCUGCACCAGCGGAAGCGAAUCUCUUCUGUUGUGUUAGUACCCUGAAUCCCCAUACGGCACUGAAUAAACAUCUUAGUACUGCAACUGUUCCUUACUGAAUUCACUUGCUAGCUGGUAAGCUUGCAGAGAGGCUGCCUUUCCCGAUCUCUGCAGCCCCUAGAAGGGCAGCUAAUAGGUUACCUUCCCAUCUCUUUCUUAGAUGUUUUUCCCAUGCGAUGGCCUAAAUUCAACUGCUAUUACAGUAGUCCUUGUUGAUAACAUUUCAUUUGUUACAGAGGUAUUGCCCAAAGCCUGUUUGUGUUAGGGUCGGCAACCAUGGGAGUUGUGCUUUAACAUUUACAAGAUCAGAGUUUCGCUCAUAGCAACUUAAUAGGCUUGAUCAUGGUGUCUGGUUUGACCCCAUAUAUCCCGUGGUGUUAAAGAUACAUCCAUCCCAAAACAAGGUCCCAAGCGGUACUUUAGUAAAAGCUCUUCUGGUUGGGCUUGGAUUGUCAGUAGCCUUGGCUGGCGUGAUUUUAGUUUCUUGGCCAAAACCAGGGUUGGCCAAUCAGAACAUCAGUAAUAGUCAAUCAAAAUAGACAGUAGCAGCUGGUAAAACAGUCAGAAUAGAUGAGAAUGGUCCUACCUCUUGCACCACAAUAAGCUAGUCAUAGAGAUCUGGCUAUAGAAAAGUGGUGUGCAUUUAGCACACCUAACCUUUUCCUAUGUGCGCCACAUGCAGUAAAUGGCCUGUAGACCCAUAAUACGUCUCUCUUAUAUGCUGUGAUCAGUGAAAUGAAAUUUCAGUGGCAGCAUGGACAACUACUAUUAUGCUCAUUGAGACACGUGGGAGCAUGUCAUACCUCUUAGUUACCGUUUCAGUCAGGUAGUCUGGCAACUCUUUAUAUCCAGCUCAAUCUGAAGUUGCCUUUGUAACCUGUAACAUAUGGGCUUCAGGUCUGGUUUCUUUUUUUUAACUCCUUAGAUUCUGGAGCCCGAGAGUCACCAAAGGAAAGGAUUAGCUCGCUGAGCUGCUGUCAGCCUAUGCAGUCUAGCCCCCCACACUUUAUACCACCCUGGUGUAGGAGCAGCUAAGUCGAACCACCACUCUGUGCCAGUGGACCUGGAGCGAGUUCAAAUUGUUCACAAGUGCUAUGCAGGCUUUCAACCUAAAAGUGCUCGCAGCUUCAUCCUAAAAGUGAAUGUUCUGCAAACUGUUCUGCUGGAGAGGAUUUAGCAGAAAGGAGAUGAGUUUGCUGAGUUCACCUUCUCUGUCAAGCUCCCUAUUCUGUGGAUUUAUGUAAUUUCUGUGGUGUUUCUGACUAGAUGUGCUUUACGUAUAUAAAACUAGACCCUGGGACCAACACUACAACAUAUAGCCAAAGCUGUUUUGCCUGAGUUGAAGCCCACUCCUAUUUAGAGGGUUCAGGAGUUCAACUCCUAGUCAGAUGUUGCUGGGUUGAGUUCCACUGGGAAGUAUGGGGUUGCGGGGGAAAUCCCAUGAGAAAAGGAGCUGGCAGUUUGGCAAGCACAGGUCGAGGACCUGGAAGCAAGCACUGCAGUAUUCCAGCACACCUUGUAUAGCACACCUCGCCUCCCUGCAGUAUCUGAGCACAGUUUUGUUUCCCUGUAUUGCAGUCACGCCUACAUACCCCAGCUGUAAUUGGAGCCUUCCUAAGUUAGCAUUGUGUGAACAUGUAGUAGGAUAGUCCAUGCUCCUGUGUAAAGCUUAGAAUCCAAAUAUGUGAGAUGGAAAAAACGGUAGGAAGGGAAACAAUUGUGUAGCAGUGACUUGAUAUACCUAAGAUCUGUGAACAAGGCACUGUCAGAGCCAGAAGUCCAAUCUGGGUUCAGCUCCCAAUCCACGUCCCUGUUCAUACGAUUAUGCUUCAUCUUGCAAGUAUGUUGACACAUGGAUAUAAUAUUUACCUUCAGUCGUAUGUGAUUUAAUUUGCAUCAUUCGGUCAUUCCCUAAUGUGCCCAGCAGCAUUCCAGCAUGCUCCAAAGCCCUUGGUUCUUGUGAUGAGUAACUUCUGAUGGAGUAACUUGGUUGUGGAAGUAAAGAAAUGAAGUGAGGGGGACCUAGCACAUGAAUCCUUGAAAUUGCCAAUAAAACCAGUGAGGAAAGAGUGCGGGGUUCGAUCAUAGUCCAGUCCUCUCUCUAACUCACAAAAGAGUUAUCAGUAUUCGUAUGGCUUCAGGCCCUGUCUAAAGCAUUCUGCUAAAGCAAAUUUUCUUAGCCACUUGUUACAAGAUCCUUUUCUGCCAAAAGUAUCCUGUGAGCCAUUGCAAAGAUUCUUGAAGUGCCUCCUUAGAAACACAGUGGGACAUGACUUGCUUCAGUGAGCAGUGCGAGCCAGCAUAUAGUUUUGAGGAGCACCUAAGAAGUGUUGAUGGCCAGGCCAGGGACUGAAAGUAAAGGGUGUAACAUGCAGAAGUGUAGGACUCUUGCCGACUUAGCACAGUAAAUAAGCUGGCACUAGUUGCUGCUGAACUCUCCCCACAGUGAACUUGUCCUCAGGAGGAUUUCACUUUAUGAUGAGGUUUGGUUGUUUUUUCCCUUCAAUUUUUUAAAUCCUAUCCAUCCCCUAAAUGGAGACAACUAAAAUAAUUUAGGACAUGGCUGUCCACUUGGCCACAUGUGUCUUGUAAGUGAUUAAUUUGUAGCUCCCCCACCCCCUGACUGCCGCUAUCCUUGUUGCUCCAGCGGCUGCUGCAGUCAGGGGCUCCAGGCUCCCCUUCCCUUCUGGCUUUCACUUUGUGCCCCUGCUCCAGAUGCAGAGGUAGAGUAGGGUGGCAGGGACCAGCACAGCCUACAGUGCCAGGGGAGCCUACAGCCAGGGAUGGGGCUGCCACCUACCUAGUGUAGCAGUGGAAGGAGAGGGGACCUUUCCACCCAUGCGGUGCUAGGAGAGCUUGCAGCUGGAGGGGUGAGGAGGAGAACAUGGCCACUGCUAGUGUGGCCCCCAGCCACUAAGAAGUUGAACAGCCAAGGUUUAGGAUGUACUCUAAUAUUUCUUUUCCUAGUCAACAAGACUGCUUUUGGAAACAAAGGGUUAUUCUAAAUCUAACCUGAAGUUCUGAGAGCCAAACCAGGCUUUGAUCCUGUUCCUGUUUUUCAAUCAAAGGGAAAAACUCCAUUGACUGCAAUGAAAUAGGUUUGAACUCUUAACCUGCCAUGUAACAUUAGUGCGAAUUUAACGUCCCAGGUGAUAAAUUCAUAUUUUAUGUGUUCCAGUUGACACACGCUAUAUUCAGACACCUAUCUUAUUGGGAUCUCACUCCAUCUUCAAGUGCUCUGACUUGUUUUGAUGUAAUUAGAACAAUGUUGAAGUGUAACAGCACCCACUGACUAGCUCUAUUUGGGGGGAAAUAGUUUCAAAGCAGAUAGGAAUUGAUUAGACUCAAGCACCUUUAAACCUUCAAAUGGCUGUUCAGACACUAUAAAAAAUCUGGUAUACUUAUGGAACUCUAAAGAUACAGUUAAACUAUAUAGCUUUUUGUGGCAGAGGAGAAAGCGAGGUUCCCUUUUGUACCUGUAAACUGAUGCAAAUAUUUAAAAAAGUUGCUGAAUUUUGGUUGCAUCAAUAUUUAGGUGGUGUGACAGGGCUGUAUUCCUUCAGACCUAGCUUUGGCUUAGCACCCCUGUUGUGAAACCUUGGCUCUCCUAGGAGCAGAAAUUCUGAAGAAUGUAGCCUUGUAAGCCAAAAGACUCCUCAUGUGAGUAAGAAAAGAUAUAAAAGAAAUGGCCUGGUGCUUGCUCUGGCAGAGUUUCAUAUGGAGUAUUUAUCGUGUGGGGUCUUCAGGGUGGCAGGCAGCAGCAAUUCACAGAUAAUGCACUAGAACAGCAUUUCUUGACCUGUGAGUUACGACCUAAAAGUGGGGCGCAAGAAUAUAUGAGAGGGUCACAAACAAACCUUAAAAAAAUGGGUCAACAAACUGUAAAAAUGGAUUCUCCUUUAGAGGAGAGCAAUGUGGGGAAGCUGUGCGUGGAACUCUGCCAGCCUGCAAGGGGCUGGUUGGGGCUGAGGGGAGCAGGAGGAGGGCAAUCAGGCGGGGGGUGCCACGUGCAUGUGGCAGCUAGGCAGCAUGGAGCGCAGCUCCUCGCAGGUAAGUCUGUGGGGGUGGGGUAUAAAUUACAAGUCAGGGAGGCACAGGUGACACUGCCUGCCACCCCACGUCCUCUCCAGGGUAGAGCUGUGGCCUGGGGAGCAGCGGCGGCAGCUGGGCCAUGGAGGCAGGGUAGAGCUGCGAUCUGGCACACAAGUGGUUGGCGGCAGGAGAAGGUAAGGGCAGUGCGGCUUUCCCCACCAAUCCAUUACUUUUCACGCUGCUGAUGGCAUGGCUGGUGCAGGGGUUCUGGCAGCAGUGCGUCUCACUGCCCCGCUCUGCCCUCCUGUGCCAAGUCCUGCCUGCUGGGUCACGGAAGUGGCUUCUGCCCGUGGCGGUCCAGCCAGGCUGCAGUCCCAUGCCCACUGUGGGUGCACAAAUUGGAGGUGGUGACGGGGCAUUCCCCACCCUUCCUGCCCCACACACCAUGGGCUUGGGUCCUGGGGGCAGCAGGUCAGGAGUGAGGAGCACCAGCAGGGCUGAGGGGUGAAGGGCUGUGGGUUGGGAAGGAGGGGCAUUGGCAGGGCCGGGUGGCCUUUUUCUACGUAAACUAUUUACUGAGUCAGGACUGGCCAUCAAAGUUUACAAAUGAGUCUUGGUACAAAAAAAGUUAAGAACCACUAAACUAGAAGGAGCAGUGAUUGUUGGAACAGGGGAGAAGAGAUGCAGAUGUAGGCUGAUGAUGGAUACCAAGGAAGAUACCAGGGGCAGCAACAGAGUGGGCUGACUGCUGGGAAAGGUCAGGCCUGUUCCUACAGCAUUUUAUACCAACACCAGAUGAGUCCUCCAUUGGGCAAAACCUUUACAGAGAAGCAUGGGUCAAGUUGAACAGACUGCGAUCUGGAUAUGGAUAUUUAAAAAAAACACUUCACGACGAUGAACCUCUUGGACAGCACCCUGUCUGAAUGUGGUGUCCAGCAAACAGCACAGCAUUUAAUCAAAAGCUGCAAUCUUUACAAAUGCCCAGAUGGGGUAGGUGGAAUCCGUACAUUGAGCAAUAAUACCAGACAGUGGCUUAUAGAUUUGGAAUUUGAUAUCUGAUGUCAUAUGAAAAAAAGAGGAACAAAGGCCUAGAAGAAAAAUCUUCUUGCAAAAUUAGCCUUCCUUCUUGGUACCUUUUGCUGCUACACUUUGUGAGCCAGGAGGAGAUGGCAGCAGUGGUCCCUUGGUAGCAAUUAUAUAGCCUAACAUCAAGUGGUUCUUAUUCCAUUAAGAAGUAGCAUCUAAGUAAUAGAAGACAGAGAAUGACAUCCCUUAUUUGUGACUUGUGUCCGGUUGGUUUAGGUGGAUAAUUGGAAUUUGACUCUAAGCACAAAAUAGUUUUUAUAAAAAGUUAAUUGAGGGGAGGCAAGGAAGUGUUCAGCACAUGUGGUAGAUUUACUUACAUAAAAUUAUCAAAACAUGGCCUACGUUUAAAAUGUUUAUCGCACAAGGAAGUAUUAUCUAUUAAUGAAUUGAACUGAUUGUUUCUGGUCCCUGUGUCCUUCAACAUGUUAGUACUAAUAGAUCUCUUCAUCCCACAUCUUGGUUUUUAUUCAUGGAUUAGAAGAGGAAAACAUGCUUUCCUGCUUUUUCAACUCCCAAUUGAUUUCUCAACUCUGAAUGAACUAGUCAUUGAACUGAACUUGUUCAAUAAACUGAAACUAAGAAAACUUUCUGUUAGCAGUAACCUCUUCUGCCAGUACAGUCAACAUUUUUUGUUCAGGACUUCAACAGACUCUGCUUAGCCAGAAAUGUCUGUUGGUUCAUUGCCCUGAAUUUGGCAAUGUCAGUAGCAAGCAUGCAUGCACAUCUGUCUUUUUUUUUUUUUAUUUAAUCUGAACAUUUUUAAUAAAUGCCUCAACACAGAUUGUUGUCCUUUUGAAUUUUUUUAAAAACAUUUAUCUCUUAAAAAGAGAGACCUAGCUGGGGAAAAAAUACAUAUAAUGACCUUUCCACUGUCUUGUCCCUGUGGGCUGGUCACUUAUAUCAGGGGUGGGAAAAAUACAGCCAUGGGCUGGAUCUAACCUGCCAAUUGAUUGUAUCUGGCCCAUGGCUGUCCCUGCCCACUCCCACCUGGGGCAGCUCGAGCCAGGCUCCCACCUGCAGCUGUCCCAUAGCUCCUGAGGCCCCAGCCAGCAUGCACAGCUUCCUGGCGGGGCUGCUGCCACAGCUGCCCAGGUAUUGCUCAGUUCCUCCUCCUGCUGCUGCAGCACAACUGGGCAGCAGGUAGUAUGGGGAAAUGAUGGCAGCCAUGGGAGUGCACACUGGGCACCAUGUGCCCAGCUAGGCCAGGGGGGAAGUUGCAGCCAGAAGGCUCCUACCCCAGUGCACAGGGCUCCAGCUCCAGGCCUCCUUCCAUUCAGUCUGUCCACCUGGCACGAUGAGCAGCCACUUGCAUCAGCCGAGUGGAUGGAAAGCAGCCGUGCCAUGAAGCUGUGCAUACUGGCUGGGGCCAGGGCUGGGGUGGUGUUGACAGGCGUGGAUGGGAGUACAGCAUAGGUUGCCCCAGGUGAGAGCAGACAAGGCAGAAUGUCAUGGGGCAGCCAUGGGCUGGAUUGGCGGGGAGUGGGGGCAGAGACCACACUUGCACCUCACUAGCCAGUCCAGCUCUGCUGCAUGUGCCUCCUGCUCCACCCCACCCCUCCCCUCCCAGCCAGCUCCUAGCGCCUAGCACGCCAGCAGCCCCCCUACCCACACAGUCCCCCCCAUGCAUACCCCUACACACACAAUACACAAAACUAAGUAUUUUGAGCUGUUGUGCAGUCACCUCUGUAUGCACUACUCAAAUCAGGGCAAAAAUUAUUUUCUUGACAUAAAAAUAUGUUAUAGUAGAUGUUUGGUUUAUUUUAAUAUCCUUUGUUAAAAUGAUAGCUUCUGAAAGAUUUUACGUGAGGCCCUCGACAGCUCACCAAAACUCAUUAAGUGACCCUCCAGCUGAAAUAAUUACCCACCCCUGCUUUAUAUCCAUGUAAGCAGGAAAGAUAGGAGAGCCUGAAUGUAGGCACAGGCUCAUUUUUACCAGUCAUGGAUGGAAGAGUUGUGGUACAGAAUGACUAAACUACUGUCAUGUAUAUAGGCCUGCUGCUCUCCUUUCACUAGGAUCAAUUUGAACGCCUUUUUUCUUGCCUUAAGACAUUCACUCCAAGAUGCUUGUAUUUAGAUUGCCAGUGCUUGUCUGUCUUAAAUGACAGGCAUAAAUUAAGUUCUUAAAAUGACAUGCAGCUAAAAUGAAUGGCAGUGAUAGAGCAUCUUCUGUUUUUUAAAUGAUGUUCGACAGCUUAGCAUUUAAAAAAACCCUACUAAGAGUUGUAUCUUGUAUUUCAGCGCACAGAGCCUUGGGGAAACAAAGCGCUAAAUAAAGACAACAUGUUCCAUCAACAGCUUAUCUCUAACUCUCUUCACGGGAGGGAAAAUAAAAGCAGUACAUUGCUGGUGUUUGUAAAUAUUUCUUGGUAUACAAACUGAAGCAUAUACUUACAGAGACAAAUCAUCUAUUUGACCUGGUACAAUGGGACUCCAAAAUAGUUCAAGCACCAAGAGCUUGUCUAGACUAGAAAGUAUGCCAUUUGAAUGACACUAAAGUAAAGCUACAGAAGCAACCCUCUCUGUGGAUGCAGUAAUUAUUAUUGUUCAGGUGUAUAUCCCGCUUUGUCUGGAAAGGCUCAGAGCAGGUAAUAACAGGUAUAAAAGGCUUAUUCUAGUUUGGGAAGCAAACUAGGUUUUUAUAAUGAGAGAACUGCAUCUGCUCCUGAAUUCAUUGAAAACUGGAUUUGGGAGUAAGGAAGGACGGUCCAGAAGACUUAACUACUGGAGGUGGGUGGGAGAAACUAAGUGAAGAAUGUCACUGGGUAGGAAUGUCUGUGAUCUGGUUGUGGGUAUAACUCCAGUGUUGGCUUCGUCUCCUUUGCAAAGUAAAAUCAGUUUGUUUUUCUGUAGAUACUAUGCUGUGAACUCCUUUGGGGUGAUGAAAACGCAGGUGGCUUGAGCUAUAUUUGGCUGCUUAAGCAACUGAAUUGCUCCACCGGUUUACAUUUGCGUCCUUACUUUUGUUGCUUUUUUUUUUUUUUAAAGGAGCAUGUUCUUAAAGGGAGUUUGAAAGUAUUUCUUAGAAUAGAAAUGAAUUAAGCAUCAGAGCAUUGUAAGGGAAGAGAAAUCACGGUAUGCAGGCUGGAAAAUGUAGGCAACAAGAUGAAGUGACUUGCUUAUUCCAUUAAUGCUUGUUUUGUGACUUGGGCAUCUCCUGCAACUGUCCUAGACUUUGAAAACUAGAGCCCUUCUCAACUCUGUUUAACAUGCUACAAUAGCAAACUCUUUUAGCUUUCGGUCAGACAAGUAGUCCCACUGAAGUCAGUUGAAGCGCUCAUACCAGCAAAGACUAGACUCAUACUGGUGUGAUUUUCAGUCUUACAGUAUUUGAAUUAAGAGAUAAUAGUGUUACAUUUGAAGGGGGCAUGGCUAAAAACUAAGCAUUACCAAUUCAUAUCAUUUGGGCAGUCACUUUGGAGUGCAUUGGAGUUGGUCCUUGAGUAGGAUAUUUGGCUGCUUUCUCAAACCAAAGUAAAGGGGGAGUCAAUAGUCAUUUAUCUCUAAAAAGAGCUCAAACCCACAAGAGGGAUCCUUCACUUCAGCCUCGGGGAAGAUGUAUCAUUCAGCAUUUGUAAACUCCAAUAUGCUGCCUGUUCACAAGAACAAAGUAGACAAGUGCAGCAGGGAGAGUUGCCUGCCUGCUUAUAUUUAGCUUAAAUACAAGUAGGCUGCACUGUACUACUUUGCCUUUCUAGUUUUCUUGUAUUCCUGUCUCUUCCAUAUGCUUGACACACUCACACACAUCAAUCCUGGAUGUGAACUAGAUACAAACAAGGGGAAAUCAUGACAUUCUGAUAUUGGCACCUUAAAACUCUCUUCUUGGAAAAGCAAAGUUGUCUAAUUUCAAAGUGGGCAACAGCCAACAUGUCUCUAGGCAGGGAAGAAAAAGCCCAUACUUAAGUCACUUGUAACUUUAUAUGAUGCAAUGUGUAGAAGCCUUAAUCUGACUUGCUUCUAUCUGAAUACUUCUGGAAGAAAGGAUAUAACUCUGAACAUCAGCUUUGGUGCCCAGUCUCAGUUGUUUAGUGACGCUACUGGUAGGUGACAAAAUGCCUUGGGGGUCCGGUUGUCAGAUGUUUUAUCUUUUCUCUUGCAUUAGGUAUCAAACAGAAGUGAAAGCCUGUAUUCUAAGUUGAAGGAUUUGUGGGGUGGAGGGAAUAAAAGCCCCCUCAAAAUAAAGAUUUUCUCUGCUCUUUGAGGUUUGUCUGUCAAUGGUAUGGUCGCUUAUACCAUGAUAAGAGUGCCUGUCUCAUUCCUGGAUGUAUUAAUCCUCAAACACUGAUGUGAAGUCAGGCAGUGCUGCUGUCUCCAUUUUGCUGAUGGGGAAACUGAGGCAUAAACAGACUGACUUGUUCAUGGUACAGAGGGAAUUAUGUUAGAGCAGAAAGUCUCACAGGUCUCUAGAGUUGUCAUCUUUUCCCCUAACCAUGGAAAUACCUCUUUCUUAGUUAGCAAACUGACUCUAAAGACCUGCCUCAGAAUAGCGUGUGGUACAUACAGUCAAAAUCACAGACUUGUCAUGGGCAAAUAAUGCUUCCAGAGACUUAGUGGUAGCUUAAAUAUGGCAAGGAUAAGGUCCUGUGUCGUCUUUUGAGAUAUUCAUGAUCAAAAUGUGUAUCUGUUUUAAGAAGCUAAGAGAAUAAAUUUUAUAUUAUUGAAAGCAAUAAACCAGAAUCUGGUCAGUAGCAUUGUGAUCUAGCACAUUAAUAAAUCUCUUGUGUCUGUUUAGCUGUGCUUUUAAAACAGCAAGAGGAGUUGUGAGGUGAGUUAAUGCAGGCAGGCAACAUGAUAACCCAAAAGGGAGGUGAUGGAUGGAGAAUGAUGUAAUACGCCAGAAAUAAGGAGAUAGUUGCAGUGGAUUGUGUAUUUCCUUUAGCGGUGUGUCUUACUUUGCAGGCACUAACACAGUAAAAAUGGGGCACUGAAGUGGAAAAGUGAGUUAAUUUUCAUGGAAGAAUGAGUUAAUGGAAGCAUGAGUUAAUUUUCAGGGUGUGGAUUGCAGCCAAGGUGUUGGCUUGUUUCUAAUAAGAAUAGAAAGUCUUCAGGGACAUGUCAACCUCCUGAGAGGAGCAGAUGAAGGAAGACUUCCUUCAGCACUGAGAGAGGGUUUGAAUGUAUACCAUGUAUGUGUUUGUCUCGAGUGAUAUCAAGGGACUGGUUGCGUUAAUGACUGUUUGCUUGGAAGCAUUAAUAAUGCUGGAGAGGGAACUACUGUCAUAGCACAUAAGGAGGAUUUAAGGCAUUAGAGAACAAUACAGAAAACAAAGAGUGAAGAUCCAUACAAGGAAUUCUAAAGACGUUGCUAUCCCUUGUAGCUUAUAAGAUAAAGGCAGUAUUUUAAUGUAUUAUAUCUUUUCCUUUCACCCCUUCAAAGGUGGUACCACUCGCUUAACAAAUAGGGACCUGAGAUGCAGAGGGACUAAGUGGCUUGUCCGUGGUCACGGGAAGGCUGAGUCAGAACAGGGACUUGAGCCUGGGUCUCCCACAUCUUAGGUUUUCAUUAGAACCAAGGGACACUUGUUCUUCUUUAGAGGUGUUUUGCCCUUGCUUUUAGGGAAUGAAUCUGAGCUGAGUUCUGACUGACUGAAGUUUUUCUAGACUUUUUCUGUAGAUUACUUCUGGAUCCUGAAGAAAAGCUAAUCCUGAUCACUUGUCACUGAAGUGGGCAUAGCAGCACAAUUAGCUAAAACCUCUUUUAAUUCAUGCUCUUGAGCAGCGGACUGUGUGCUGUCUUCCAUGCCAGAGGCAGCUGCCUUUCAGUGAUACUAUAUGUAACUUGCAUAGAAGCUUGGCAUGAAAAACACUUUAUGAAAAGGAAGAUGCUUGCAAUUAGUAUGUCACAACUAAUACAGUGUGAUGUUACCCAAUGUUACGCAACGGCAAAAGGAAGACAAAACUUGGUCAGGUACCAUAAAAAGAAAACUUUCGCUUCUUAAUGCCAACAAUGGUGUGUGGUGGCAUAGAUGUUGUGUGUUAUCCCAGAGGGGAUAGUGCACUUGCCACCACUUUCGUUGAUACUUAGGAAUGUCCUCUACUUCUCUAAGGGUGAGGACCAUAGGAUGAUAGGAAAUAGUUCUGAAAAGAACCUCGCAAGAUUAUCUGGUCCAGGCUCUUGCUCAGGUUAGGAUCAUCUCUGACUAAAUUGUCCCAGCCAAGCAUCUAGCCAACCUGUUCUUGAAAAGUUCCAAGGAUGGAGAUCCUAUAACUUCUCUAGGUAGUCUGUUCCUAUACUUAACACACCUUCCCCCCACAAAUCAGAAAGUUCAUAGAUUCAUAGGUGCUAGGGUCAGAAGGGACCUCAACAGAUCAUCGAGUCCAACCCCCUGCCUAGGCAGGAAACAGCGCUGGGGUCAGAUGACCCCAGCCAGAUGCCUAUCCAGCCUUCUCUUAAAGACCCCCAAGGUAGGGGAGAGCACCACCUCCCUUGGAAGCCCAUUCCAAAUUUUGACCACCCUUUCUAUGAAGAAGUUUUUCCUAAUAUCUAGCCUAACUCUGCUCUCUGCCAGUUUGUGACCGUUGUUCCUUGUUUGUGACCAUUGUUCCUCCUAGUCUCCAAUUUAAAUUUACUCUGCUGCAGCUUAAGGCCAUUGUUCUUAGGCCACAGAGGAAAGCCUGUCUCUGCCCUCUCUGUAAUCACCUUCCAAGUAUUUGAAGACUGUUAUCAAAUCCCCUCCCUGCCCCCACAACCUUCUCUAGACUAAAUAACCAUACUUCUUUCAGCCUUUCCUCAUAAGUCUUGCUUUCCACACCCCUAAUCAUUUUGUCACUCUCCACUGGACUCUUUCCAACCUGUCUGCAUCCUUUGUGAAGUAUGGGGCCCAAAAUUGAACACAGAACUCCAGAUGAGGCCUCACAAAUGGUGAACAGAGCAGAAGAAUCACUUUCCUUUUAUUUGCAAGUGAUGCUCCUGAUAAUACAACCCAAUAUGCUGUUGACCUUCUUUGCAACAAGAACACACUGUUGGCUGUGUGGUUUAGCUUAUGGUUUGGUUGUGGGCUAUGUGAUGUGGGCUACUAUCAUCUUAUUCAGCUGAUGGUCUACUGCAAUGGUUAGACUUGAGGCACCGGUCAGAAAAUUCAAGCUCUUAUUUUUCUGUAGUUAAAAAAAAAAAAAAGUGAAAAGUAAUAGAGCAAUUCUUCUGUUGCAAAGAACUCAAACCACAGCAGGUCAGAAUGUUUUAAACACUAUUAAUUCCUAUUUGAAAUCUCUGGGUUUAUCUUAUAAAUCAUGCUUGCACACCAAGAGUGGGACAUGGUACUCUGCAGCAGAAUCCUUAAAAAGAUCUCAAGGCACCCCAGGGUCCCACAUCACACUAGUUGAGAGUCACUGGUCUACUGUAAUCCCCAGGUCCUUCUUUGCAGAGCUUCAGCCAGCCAAUCAUUUCACAGUCUGCAUUUGUGUAUUCAGUUAUUCUGACUGUACCCAUCUAUGCCAGCACAGUAAGUGACGCAGAGCUUGGGACUGCACUGCCUGAGCUCAAACCCCUGUCUGUGCUGGCAUGGUGAGACAUUGAACAUUCCCCCUUUAGGAGGCCUCCCUCUACUUGCCUGCCACAUCUUGAUCUUAAUGAAAAUAAAAGGGAGGCAUGUUGUCAACCAGCCUAAGGCACAUUCUAUUUGUAGGUGUUUCUUGGGGCUUCUCCUUCCCUACACCCCAUCCACACGCCAACCUGGGUCUGUCAGCCUUAUGGUGCUCAGUAUUCCAACUGUAGGCAACCAGCCAGGUUUAGUAUUGUUCUUUCUCCAAGAAUGUCUUGAUUAUAGAGAUGCAACAUGUGUGAUUAGUUCGAUUGCCCUUGAGAUGUUACAGAUUCAAUUCUUCCAUAAUUAAUUCAUAAGUCAAAAGAAAGGUCUUAACAUUAAUACAUAAAUCACUGAAGUUCAUGAUCAAGUUAAUUACUCACAAACAUCUGAAAUCAAUGAAGUCAUGAUGGUCUAAACUCAAGUACAAAUCAAGUCAGUUUAUAAAUAAUUUUCAGGCCAAGUGAGCCCCCAAUUAAUUAAUGGGCACUCUUAAUUCAACAAACUCCCCGAUUGUGUAGCCCACUCUUAUAAUCACUUAAUUAAUUCUGGUCAUGUGGCUUUGAUCUGUUCUAGGGAUCCGUCAGGAUACAGCACAACAAACAGAAACAAAGGCACACGACAACAAAAAAAGAAGUGGUAAUGUCCCCGCCUCACUCAUGCAUCCUACUUUUAACAUCUGAGUACUGGGGUCCAGGACAAAUCCUUUUCAGGGUGGCCCUGGAUCAUGGAAGAGAAAGAUACCCCUCUGGGUAUCCCAGCUGUGGAACCGGCUUGGUGCUUUCCUGGUCUCGGCGUUCUGGAGCUUGCAGCAACUGUGCUGCUUCCUGCUACCCCGCCAUAUGGUUUUGUUCAGGCUCUUGUAGCUGGUUCUUGGCACGGAUGUCUGACGUCAUGCCCCACGCACCUCUUCAGUCACAGAGAGCAUGUAUUUAUAAACUAUGGAGGUAGUUCUGCUCGCUGCUUCGUGGUCUCCAUUCCUGCACCUGCAUCAGGAAUCCCAGAUGGAACAGAAAGCAGUGCUCCAGCCAGGUGCAACUUCCUCCUUCGUGGCUUUACCAACUGCCACCUUCAAAACAAUAUAGGCAAGCAUAUUCCAAGGUUCCUAAAAUCCUAAAGGAUGUGUGCAAAUUGGAAGGAAGCUUAAUGACACAAACAGGAUACUGCUAGAUAUACAGACGUACUUCGGUAUCCAUGACAGCAAAGCUGGUUUCUUGCACACAGUCUUCCUCCUGUGCUACAUGCUAUCUGCACCCUUCUUCGGAUACCUAGGUGACCGAUACAACAGGAAAAUCAUCCUUGGUGCUGGCAUCUUCUUCUGGAGUGGUGUGACACUAGGCAGUUCAUUUAUCCCGGAAUCAUAUUUCUGGUUAUUCAUUCUUUCGCGUGGACUUGUUGGCAUCGGCACCUCCAGUUACUCCACUGUGGCACCAACUUUCAUUGCAAACCUAUUUGAGGAGGGGAAAAGGACCACAAUGUUGUCUUUCUUCUAUAUCUUCAUCCCAGUUGGAAGUGGCUUUGGUUAUAUUCUGGCAUCUAGUGUGACACAAGCUACUGGCCACUGGCAUUGGGCAUUCAGAAUAACUCCUUGCAUGGGAGGGUUGGCACUGGUCUUUCUCAUUCUGCUAGUCCCUAAUACAACCCAGAGAACAGCUAAAGGUUUUGGAGAGCAAGGCAUCACCAACACAACCCAGGGAGCAGCCAAGAAGCAUGAACCACACAGCACUGCCCACACAACCUGGUGCAAAGAUGUCAAAUCACUUGGCAAGAACCGGAGUUUCAUCUGGUCCACGUUGGGUUUGACAGCUGUGGCGUUUGUGACUGGAGCCCUGGGAUUCUGGAUGCCGUUGUUUCUAUACAGGGCUGAACUCCUCCAUGGCAUUGUCUCUCCAUGCCUUGAGGAGCCAUGCAAUUCCUCCAACAGCUUAAUAUUUGGAGGAAUUACUAUUGUGACAGGAAUUUUGGGAGUCAUCACUGGGGCAGAAGUUGCAAGAAGAUGCAGGAAGAUUAGCUCCAAAGCUGACCCUCUUCUCUGCUCCAUAAGUAUGUUCACCUCUGCUCCAUUCCUCUACGUGGCAAUCAUGGUGGCCCAGGAAAGCAUCACAGCUACUUACGUUUUAAUUGCAUUUGGAGAAUUUUUUUUAUCCUUAAACUGGGCCGUUGUGACUGACAUGCUAUUGUGUAUAGUGGAACCAAAUUGCCAAUCAACAGCUAUUGCACUGCAGAUUUUGGUGAGCCAUCUUCUGGGAGAUUCAGGCAGUCCGUACCUGAUUGGCAUGGCCUUGAGAACAAAGGCUACGUUUCAAAUGAAGAGGGCCUCGGGGAUGAGUUUCCCAAGGAGUGAAGGAGCUUCUGUUUCCCACCCCCAAUGAAGGUGCAGUUGGAGGAAGAGGCCAAAUCGCAAUCCCUCCAUAUGGCAGCAAAACCUGAAUACUAAUUUUUUAUGACGCUUUCAACUGAGAGUCAAAAACUGCUAUGGAAUUGGCAUAUGGUGAACCUCCCCCCAUCUGUGAAACUGGCAUGAGUGCUCUGAGGAGGUUGGUGGCUCUGAAAGCCAAGAAUAUAGAGCUGUCACAGACAUGACUAUUAUCCCAAAUAAGACAGUACAUUUUAAGGUGGAAUGUCUAGUAGAGAUGGGGCUGGGGUUCCUGUGAAUUCUCAGCAGGAUGAUAUUUGCUUAAAGGAUGUGGAGAACACAGCCAAAGCUGCAGUCUUCUCCAGCUCUUUUAUUAAUAACUAUGGAAGUCAAGAGCUAGCUGGCUGGCUAGUCAGCAUCUGGUGCCAAGAGGAAAGAGACAUGAGGUACCUCCAUGAAAUAUAUUCGUGGCCUCUUUAUAAUACUGUGGGACUCUUGUGAAGUACCAUUAUUCAUGUAUACCACCACUUAAAUACAAUGAUGCUUUCUGUUUUUAGCUUUGGCUACCAUCUGGAUCAUCUCUGAGCUACUGUUCAGAUACCUCUUCAUGGAUAUUGUCAUGGAUGAUUGUCGUCCCAUCCAAGGGCUGUGCCCACCUGCUCUGUAUUGUGAUCAAAAUGCUGAGGUUCUCCGCAGCGUCCCAGAGCCUGAGAUUUCUUCCUCACUGAAUCUUAGCAAGUUCUGGCAUUAUCAGCCUUUCACAUAAUACUGCCCCUCCUGAUGAACAGUAUGAAACAUCAAGCAUAACAAAGCAGGGCCAAGUGUGAAUAGCUGCUUGCUCUUGUAAACUGAGCACAUACUGAUGUGUGAGUUGUUUUGGGGGUUUUUUUAAUCUAUUCUAGAAAUUGAUUUGAACCUGGAAGGCCAAACUUGGUUUAUACAGUGCCAUUGCCCCACUGACUUUGGCGUGGUAACAGCUGGAGCAGAACUUGAUGUUCCCCCGAGUUAUAAAUAUCUCAAAUUUUUAAAAUGUUCAAGUCAGUGAAAAUGAACUUGGAGAGCUUUUAUCAUUAAUCAAAUAAAUGUCACAAUGCAGAACUAUCCAGGAUUCUCAAAUACUGAGCAGUUUCCAGGUGGUAGGAAUAGCAGAUGUUCUUCCACUAACAUUCUCUUUGGAAAGUACAUUGCUGCAGAUUAGAAGUAUUGCAAUGAUGGAUUCUCAAUACUAAAAAAAAGUUUUGGAAUACUUACAAUACUUACACAAAACCACACACAGCAGCUUUUCCUGGCAUUUUCCAAAUGCCUUGUGGAUGUCAAUGCCCAGACUCAGAUUCUUCCUUCAUGGCUGGCUGAAGUGAAGUCUGUAAUGGCUUCAUUUUGCUAUUUAGACUGAGGAAAUUGCUUUGCUAUGGCACUAGUUCCAUCAGUUUUCCUAACAUCGUACAAGUUCAGUGCCUCUUUAUGGGAUGGAUUCAGAAAGACUGCUGCUUUACUAGAGCCAGUCCCAGGCAUUAAGGAGUUAGCCUUUCAGGAGCUUUAGGGCACUUCAGUAAAAUUGUAGUUGUGCAAUAUGCUGUGUAGAUACACCGGGGUGGGCAAUUAUUUCGGGCAGAGGACCGCUUCCUGAGUUUUGGCAAGCCGGUGAGGGCUGCAUGACAGGCAGCCAAGGGAAGAUAAAUAUUAAUUUUCUAAAAUUUUUAGGGGCCCUGUGGGCCGGAUAGAAUGGCCUUCCUGCCCACCCCUGGGAUACACCCAGAUGUCCUGGCAAAUUGCUGAUGGGUGAAAGAACUAAUUGUUAGAGCUAAUUUAUAGAUGAUCCUACAACAAUGUCCUCGCUAAACACAACCUUCAAGACCAUCAACUUAUGCUCAGUCUCGGGCUGACAUUUUACUCAAAGCAACUUGAUGAUUUUUUUUGGAAUGCCUUCUGUAUUGGUGAUGACCCUGUUAAUAAGUUACUCACUUUGCAUGACUGUCAAACCACCACUAAAUUAAGCCGUACUCUUAAGAGUCCUGUGGAGGCACACAUUUGAUAUGAAUGAGAGGCCAAAUAGCUCCUCUGCAGAAGGCUUGAACUCCUUGGAAAUGGACAAAUGAACAUUUCACUGCAGUUUUUCCAAAAGCUAGCUGGGGUUUUUGUCAGGUUAGAGAGAGGUUUUUAACUAUACUUUUACUGGAUCCACCCAGCUAAAUGACCAGAUAUUCUGAGCUAUGCUCUGGCCUCUUUGGAGCUGGCAUCCCCUUCUGUCUUGCUGCUCAAGCUGUUGAUUCGGGGCUCUUGUACAUGUGUGAAGCUGCUGUGGGCUCUCCAAAACUGUGAAAUUAUUUCUGUGAGCUGUUUUCAGACUCAGUACAGGGUUUAAAAAGUCUUUAACCUCUGACGCACUUCAGAUGUAUUUGAUCAGAUCUUCAGUGUUUCUUGCCCCUCAGCUACCACAUGCAAUAUUAAACCAAGUAAGUAUUCCCUCUUAGGUGGGGUACAUGGAAGCAAUCUGACUCUUGAAAGAAUUGGCUGCAGAAUUUAUAGGUUGCAGUUAAAUUAACAGCCGGCAGCAAUACUUACAGUGAGGGGCUAGAGACACAGGUUGGCUCCUCAGAGGUGGCAGAAGUGGACUCCUCUCUGUAACUUCUAGAAUAAGAGAUUUGCAGGCACGUGGUAUCAUAUUUGCCAUUCUCUAGCAUCCCUACUGUUGGAAUGGAGGGACACUUCUGUUCAGAGUAGGUUCAUGUUGGCUAGAGAGGGAAAACCCCCUCUUAGAACAAUUCCUGAAAGUGCAGGAUACAGAGGAUGUAGUAGUUGAUUUGCUUAUUCUUAGUGCAUGAAAUGAGACAAGAACACAACAUUAAGUAUGGUGGGAAACUGCUCCAGACCAGACUAGGGACAGGAGGGGUUCUCCCCUUCACUUCUUUACUCCAGCCUAGAAAGUUGCCUAUCCUACUACAGGAUGCAUUUGGACUUUGAUUCAAACACCAAAUUCCUGCAGUUCAUAUCCAUGUGGUACUUGCUUAAUGAUCUCUCUUUACUUAAAAUGAAAAUGUAUCAGGCAUACUUAAGUCAGUGUGAAUUUGAUUCAGCUGUAUCCAGUUGCCUAGAAGAUGUUGUUCUGUCCUUUCUACUCUUGUUCAUUUAUCAUUGCUAUCUCAGUUGUAUUGUAUUUUCUACAAAAGUAAUAGCCUAUCUUAAUCCUCCCCACUAAAAUAAAAAUAAAAUGCACCAUU